UCCUGGCCGAUCUGAAAAUGUCAGACUCACAUUAUAGCAGCAGCGAGAUGAAUUACUUUAAGGAGGCAUUAGAUGAGGACAAUGUGAUUUUAACAUUGGUUCCAGUUGUAGAGGAACCUAAAAAAGAACAUCUAGUGGAACCAAGUGUUUCUUCAACCGCAGAUAUCAAACCUGCAGAUAUCAAAUCUAAGAAGCCUUGGCAAAGCAAUAAAGUUGAUUUUCCACAAGCAAAUGAACAAUUCAAAGCUUCCCCAAAACCUAAGUGCAAAAAAGCAGUUUUUCCCCUGCCAACCAUUUUGCCCCCAAUUACUAAGGUGUCUCGGAACACUUUGCGGAACUGGUGCCAACAACUUAAUUUGAGUACAGAUGGCCAGAAAAUAGAAGUGUAUCUGAGGCUCCAGAGACAUGCAUAUCCUGAACAAAUACAGGAUGUUCCUGACACACCACGAGAAGCCAAAAUGCAGUCAUGUCCAAGAAAAAGUACUAAUAGAGCAAGGCUGCAGGACAGUUGUACUAGGAGCAAUGGAGAGGAAGAAACUAAUAUAGUUGAAGUGAUAACUUCAGCUCAGGAAGCCACGUUGGCAUCUUGGGCAAGAAUUGCUGCAAGAGUCAGUCAGCCCAAGGCUGUGAAUUCGUCUUCCAUUCCUACUUCAGUUGAAGCCUUUUUGCAGGAAGCCUCUGGUGUCAGGUGGUGUGUAGUUCACGGCAGACUUCUCCCUGCAGAUGUACCGGGCUGGGUUCGCCUGCAAUUCCGUGCAGGCCACACCUGGAUACCUGAUACUCCCAAGAGGAUGAUUUCUCUCUUCCUGUUACCAGCCUGUACUUUUCCAUCCCCAGGACUAGAAGACAACAUGUUAUGCCCUGAAUGUACUAAGAGGAAUAAGAAGAUGAUGAGAAGAUUAAUGUCAGUGGGGGAGAAAAAACACCACACUGCCUCUUGGAGAUACCAGACCUAUGCUGUGCAUUGGUGAGAAGAAGGCUUCCUGAGAACUCUGCAGAGGAAAGGUUUCAGGAAAACCAGGAGGAAACACACAUCCUGAGUGCCCUGCACCGAGUCCUAGCAGCCUGAGAGAAUGCACGAACCCGCCUUUCCUGACUGACUGCAGCCGUUGAGGGUGUGACAAGUCCACCAGGUCCCCAGCAAGGAUGAAAUCUCAGAUCUGCACUCUGCAGUGGUGUGUAAAAAGCUUUCAGUCUCUGGCUUCAAUGCUGAUGAGCCUUCAGAGUGCUGGACACAGAAAGGGCUGGGGGCGGGGGUGGAUUCCACCUAGAGCACAGAACAUAUAUUUCCCAAUAAGAUAUUCACACAGAGGUCACUGAAACUGGUAUAAGGUCUGGAUGAUGACCUCUAAUACUGACUUCAUGUCCACAUGAGGACCUCUAAUACUGGUGUGAUAUCCACAAGGUGUCCUCUGAACUAACUUAAUGUUCCUUGCAUGACUUCCAGUAUUAAUCUGUCAUGUCGCACUGUGUCAUCUAAUGACAACCUAAUAGUUUGAUUGGUUUUGUAGUUGGCUACACUGGACUUGGUGGGCUUAGUGUGUUAAAGUUGGAUGCUCUCUGUUUUUCCUGCAUGGUGUUGACAUGAUUGUUUUCUUUUUUUUUUUUUAUUUGACAACUAGAGCUGUAGACAGUGAGAGAGAGACACAGAGAGAAAGGUCUUCCUUCUGUUGGUUCACUCCCCAAGUGGUCGCUACGGCUGGCACUGCGCCAAUCUGCAGCCAGGAGCCAGGUACUUCUUCCUGGUCUCCCAUGUGGGUGCAGGAGCCCAAGCACUUGGGCCAUCCUCCACUGCCCUCUUGGGCCACAGCAGAGAGCUGAGAGAGGUAGAGAGCAAUAGAUAGAUAGAUAGAUGAGAGAGAGGGAGAGAGAGAGAGAGAGAGAGAGAGAGAGAGAGAUAGAUGUCUUCCAUCUGCUGGUUCACUCCCCAGAUGGCCACAAUAGCUGUGAGCUAUGGCACCAGCCCCUUCUUUUGUUUUUAAGAUGUAUUUAUUUGAGGCAGAGUUUCAGAUCUAGGGAAGAGAGAGAGAGAGAGAGAGAGAGAGAGAGAGAGAGAGAUCUUUCAUCCACUGAUUCACUCCCAGUAGCUGCAACAGCCAGGACUGAACCAGGAGCCAGAAGCUUCUUUCUGUCUGGUCUCCCAUGUGGGUGCAGAGCCCAAGCACUCAGGCCAUCUUCUGCUGCUUUUCCCAGGCCAUUGGCAGGGAGCUGGACUGGAAGUGGAGCAGCUGGGACUCCAGCAGGCGGCUCUAUGGGAUGCUGGUGAUACUAGCUGUGACUCGACCCACUAAGGCACAGUGCGGCCCCCCUUCUUCAGUCUUAUGUCCCUAUCUAGGAUUCUAAACCGUUCGCUGGCAUCUUUGCUGGGAAUGUGAUUGGGAUUCCAUUGAAUCUGCAGGUCAAAUGAGAAGGGACUGUUGUGUCUUAAGAGUAAUAGCUCUUCUGCUCCUGCCUGGGGAGUAUCUCUGUGCUUAUUUACAUUCUUUCUUUUUAUCUAUCGACUUAUUUAUGUAUCUAUUUAUUUAAAAGGCAGAGUUACAGAGAGACAGGGGUCUUCCAUCCACUGCUUCACCGCCCCUAGUGGCCUCAGCAGCUGGAGCCGGGCCACACUGAAGCCAGCAGUCUGGAGCUCUGCCUGCCAGGACACAAUCCCAGCCCCUGUGAGUAAUUUUUUUUCAAGACUUAGUUUAUGUAUUUCAAAGGCAGAGUUCCACAGAGAGAAAGGGAAAGGCAGAGAGAGAGGUCUUCCAUCCACGGGUUCACUCCCCAAGUGGUCACAAAAGCUGGGGCUGGGCCAGGCCAACACCAGGAGUAGGGAGCUUUUCCAUGUCUCCCCUGUGGGUGCAGGGCACCAGGCACUUAGGCCACCUUUGCUGCUUUCCCAGGUGCAUCAGCAGGGAGCUGGAUCAAAAGUGCCUCAGCUGGGACUUGAACUGGUGCCCAUAUGGGAUGCUGCUACUACAGGUGGUGGCUUUAGCCACUACACACAACACUGGCCCCAAUGAAUAGGCAUAUUUACUUGGCAAUUGCCCGUGUCUUCUAGGUAUCCGGCUUCAUGCAGUGAGGUUUGCUUUUCUGACAUUUUUCACAGUGGGAGUGGGCUUACAGGUUUUGGGGAAGGAGAUCACAACAGUAAUUUAUUGCCCAUGGUUCUGGACAGUAGACACUCGAAGUUGAAGGCGCUGGAGACCUUUCUGGUGCAGACCUGCUCUUCACUGAUGGGUCUGCAGCUGUGACGUUGAAUGGCAGGACGGUGAAACGGGCUCCCUAAGAUGCUUCACCUCCUUUCACCUCGCCUCGCCCUGCCCCUCCUCCUCUUCUUUCUUUUUCUUUUCCUCCCUCCCUCCUUCCCUCCUCUCCUCUCUCUCUCUCUCUCUCUUUCUUGAGCUACAGUGACAGAGAGAGAGACAUCUUCCAUCUGCUGCUUCACUCCCCAAAUGGCGACAAUGGUGGGGUGGGGCCAAGCUGAAGCCGGGAGCCUGGAACUCCUGCUGUGUCUUUCAUGUGCGAGGCAGGAGUGCAAGACUCUGGCUACCACCCAAGGCUUUCCCAGGCACAUCAGCGGGGAACUGGAUUGGGAGUGCAGUAGCCUUGAUCUAACCAGCGUCCAUAGGGAAUGCCGGCAUUGCAGGCAGCCACUUAAGCCGCUGUGCCGCAAUGCCUGACCCCCGAAGCCACUGUUGACCCUGUGAAGAAGGACGGUGCACUGCUCAUGUACAUUCCAUUUUUCUUUUGGCCUGUGGAUUCCACACAAGCGCCAUCUCCCACCACGUGUCAUGAGUGUCCACGCAUCUGUGACAGAUGCCCUGUCAUGCUCUGCACUCCAUACUCUAGGGCUCCAACGUUCUGAGUAUAAUGGGGGGGUGCCCACGGGGAGCUCUGGGAGAUGGGGUCUGAGGAUAGAUGCCCCAGUGCCUUCAUGGAAACACGGUCCUCUGACACGCAGUGCCGGGGGAGAUCACUGGGAGAUGGAGUCCUUUGAAACUUGUCACUGGCUGGGCUCUUGGAGGUAGAGUCUGAGGACAGCACAUGCAAAGUGUUCUGGAAGAAGUGGUCCUCAGAUGUGAGCAACCUGUUAGCACCUCUAGGAGACAGAAUCUGAGGCUGGUGCUCACAGGACCCUGGGAAAUAGAGUCUGAGAUGAGUGCCCGUGAGGUGUUCUGGGAGAUGCGGUUCUCAGACAUACAGUGCACAUGAGGACCACUGGGAGAUGGAAUCUGAAACCAGAAACCACAGUGCGAUCUGGGAAACAUGGUCCUCCAACAUAAAAUGCCCACGGAGAACUCUGGGAUAUGGGGUCUGAAGCAGGAAACCACAGUGGGACCUGGGAGACACAUUUCUCUGACACAUGACGACCACGGGUACCACUGGGAGAUGGAGUCCUCUGAGGCUUGUCAUUCGCUGGGCUCUGUUAGUUGGAGACAGGGGAGUGCCUGCGGGACUUUGGCAAAGGGGCAUCAAAGGAGUACCUUCUCAGGGGACUCUUGCAGCUGGGGUCCUCAAAGAGGGCACCCCAGAAUGACUCUUUGUGAGAUGGGAUCUGAGGAAGCUGGACACCCUCGGGCCUCUGCAGAAUGGAGACUGAGGCGGGCGCUCUCAGGACCCUGGGAAAUGGAGUCUGAGAUGGGCACCCGUGCGGUCCUCCUAGGUAUGAUGCCCCUGGGGACCCCUGGGAGAUGGAGUCUGAAGCAGGAGAGCACAGUGCCGUCUGGGAGACGCAUUCCUCUGACGUACAUGCCCAUGGGUAGUACUGGGAGAUGAAAUCCUCUGAGACUUAUCGCUCCCCAGGCUCUGGUAGUUGGAGUCAGGGGGGCGCUUCGGGACUUUGGCAGAUUUCAUCAGAGGAAUACCUACCCAGGGUACUUUUGGAACUGGACUCCUCAAGAGGGCACUCAAGAAGGACCCUCUGUGAGGCGGGGGUCCCAGGAAGCUGGACACCCAUGGGCCUCUAGGGGGUGGAGACUGAGGCGGGCGCUCUCAGGACCCUGGGAAAUGGAGUCUGAGAUGAGUGCCCGCACGGUCCUCUGACGUAUGAUGCCCCCGGGGACCCCUGGGAGAUGGAGUCUGAAGCAGGAGAGCACAGUGCCGUCUGGGAGACGCAUUCCUCUGACGUAUGAUGCCGCGGAGGACCCCUGGGAGAUGGAGUUCUCUGAGACUUGUCGCUCUCUGGACUCUGGUAGUUGGAGUCAGGAGGGCGCCUGCGGGUCCGCGGGGCUUUCCCAGAUGGGCUUCUGAGGGGAACUUGUUCAGAGGCCUCUUGGAGCUGGGGUCCUCAAAGAGGGUACCCCGCAGAGCCCUCUGUGAGACGGGGUCCGAGGAAGCUGGACACCCACGGGCCUGCAGUGGGUGGAGACUGAGGCGGGCACUCACAGGACCCUGGGAAAUAGAGGCUGAGAUGAGCGCCCGUGCGGUCCUCUGACGUAUGAUGCCCCCGAGAACCCUUUGGAGAUGGAGUCCUCUGAGGCUUGUCGCUCGUUGGGCUCUGGUAGUUGGAGUCAGGGGGGCGCUUUGGGACUUUGGCAGAUGGGCAUCAGAGGAGUACCUGCCCAGGGUACUUUUGGAGCUGGACUCCUCAAGAGGGCACUCCAGAAGGACCCUCGGUGAGACGGGGUCCGAGGAAGCUGGACACCCACAGGCCUCUAGGGGAUGGAGACUGAGGUGGGCGCUCUCAGGACCCUGGGAAAUAGAGUCUGAGAUCAGUGCCCGUGCAGUCCUCUGACAUAUGAUGCCCCCGGGGACCCCUGGGAGAUGGAGUCUGAAGCGGGAGAGCACAGUGCAGUCUGGGAGAUGCAUUCUUCUGACGUACAUGCCCAUGGGUACACUGGGAGAUGGAGUCACUCCCCAGGCUCUGGUAGUUGGAGUCAGGGGGGCGCUUCGGGACUUUGGCAGAUGGGCAUCAGAGGAGUACCUGCCCAGGGUACUUUUGGAGCUGGACUCCUCAAGAGGGCACUCCAGAAGGACCCUCUGUGAGGCGGGGUCCCAGGAAGCUGGACACCCACGGGCCUCUGCGGGAUGGAGUCUGAGGGUGCUCACAGGACCCUGGGAAAUAGAGGCUGAGAUGAACACCCGCGCGUUCCUCUGAUGUAUAAUGCCCCCGGGGACCCCUGGGAGAUGGAGACUGAAGCAGGAGAGCACAGUGCCGUCUGGGAGACGCAUUCCUCUGAUGUAUGAUGCCCCCGAGGACCCUGGGGAGAUGGAGUUCUCUGAGACUUGUUGCUCCCUGGACUCUUGUAGUUGGAGUCAAGAGGGCGCCGGCGGGACUUCGGCAGAUGGGCAUCAGAAAAGUACCUGCCCAGGGUACUUUUGGAACUGGACUCCUCAGGAGGGCAGCCCAGCAGGGCCCUCCGUGAGUCCUAGGAAGCCGGACACCCACGGACCUAUGGGAGUUGGUGUAUGAGGCGGGCACUCACAGGACCCUGGGAAUAGAGUCUGAGAUGAGCGCCCGCACCGUCCUCUGAUGUAUGACGCACGUGGGUACCACUGGGAGAUGGAGUUCUCUGAGGCUUGUCACUCACUGGACUCUGGUAGUUGGAGUCAGAGAGGUGCCCUUGGGCGUUCGCAGAUUGGCAUUGGUGGAGUGCCUGCUCAGGGUCUCUGGGAGCUCGGGUCCUGAAAGACCCCCAGAAGGACCCUGUGUGCCUCGGAGUCCUAGGAAGCUGGACACCCAUGGGCCUUUAGGGGGUGGAGUCUGAGGCAGGCGCUCACAGGACCCUGCGAAAUAGAGGCUGAGAUUAGCACCUGCUCGGUCCUCUGACGUUUGAUGCCCCCUAGGACCCUUGGGAGAUGGAGUCCUCUGAGGCUUGUCACUCGUUCGGCUCUGAUAGUUGGAGUCAGGAAGGCGCCUGCUGGCAUGUGGGGCUUUCGCAGGAGCAUGGAUGUGAAUCAGAAGUGAGGAGCCAGGACUUAAACCCAUGCUCCUGUAUGGAAUGCUGACAUCUCGGAUGGCUGUGUGACCUGCUGCAUCACAAUGCCAGCUCUAGUAAAUUUUUUUGGUGCAAUAAACAUUUGAAAUCCGGAGGCUGGCCUUGCAGUGUAGUGGGUUGGGCUGCCACUUAUGACACUGGCAUCCCAUGUUGGCGAUGGUUGGAGACCUGAUGCCACACUUCAGAUCCAGCUCCCUGCUGGUGUGCUUGGGAAGGCCACAGAGGAUGGCCUUGGUGCUUGGGCUCCUGUCCCCACAUGGGACACCCAGAGCAAGCUCUUGGAUUCUGUGUUCAGCUCUGCCCAGCCCUGGGCCAUUUGGGCAAUGAACCAGCAGAUGGAAGAUCUCUCUCUCUCUCCCUUCUCUUUCUCUGUAACUCUGCCUUUAAUAAAUACAUAUAUCUUUUUUGUAAAAAUUUGAAAUCCAUGCAUAUGCUUUUCAGAAUAUUUAUUUUCCAUAAAUUUCUAAUGAAAAAAAAAACAUGCUUGCUUUCAAAUGUUUUUGCAGCAAAAUACAUUGAUCUUUUAAUUCCAUCUUCCAGUAACUUCUUGAAGUCCUCUCAUGUUUGGUCUCUGUCCCCUGUUUUUGGCGUAUUGCUUCUAAAACCUUUACAAUGUCCUGAGUGAUAGGAGCCCUGCAAGCCUCUUGUGUUCUAAUAUGUGUUUGGUCUUUUCAUUUCUUUCUAAGUCUUUGAUCUCUCCUGGUUGAUAGGAAAAGACUUUUGUUCCGAUGAGAACACUUGGAUAGCUCUUGGAUGCUCUUGGAUAGCUUCAGGAUGGGGCUGGUUAUCAGAAAGACCAAGCCGUGAUUAGAGACUUGGAACUUCCCAGUCCCUUCCCUGUUCCUCUGGGAUGAGAGGGCUGGUGAAGGAGUGAAUCAUCAGUCAUGCCUGCCUGAUGAAGCCUCCAGGGGGUCCCUGAAAGAUGUGCUUCAGGGAGCUUCUGGGGUUGGUGAACACAUGCAUGUGCCAAGAGGGUGGGGUGGUUCCCAGCUCCAUGGGAUGGAAGCCCUGCCUUGGGACUAUUGUGGGCCUCAUCCUAGGUGCCUUUAGCUGUGCGUGUGUGUCCUUCACCACACCUUUAUAAUAACCCAUUGUCUUAGUCCUGCCUGGCUGCUGUCACACAAUAGCCUGGUAAUUUAUAAAUGACAGAUUUUUUCUUGCCCACAAUUCCAGUCUCCAGAAAGUCCAAGACCAAGGCUCUGAGAGACUUGAGCCUAGUGAGGGCCCACUCUUCAUGGAUGGUGCAUUUAGCUGUGUCUUAUAUUCUACAGUGAGUGUUCCAUACACUUGUUACAGGUUCUUUGUCACAGUCCAUCCCUGAGUGCUCUCACAUCUCAAGUAAUUUACAUUGUACCUUCUCUUUUUGUUCUCUACACAUGAUCUAUCACAUGGAAGUUUUACUUUUAUAAAGUCACAGUUUCAACUUUUUACUCUGGGAAUUGGAUUUUGAUGUUGUGUGUUGUAGAUUAUUCAAGCUUUAGGGCCAAUAUUGUGUUGCAGUGGGUUAAGCCUUAGCCUGUGAUGCUGGCAUCACAUAUGAGCACCUAUUUGGGUGCAAACUGUUGCACUUACAAUUCAGCUCACUGAUAGUGCACCUGGAAGAGCAGCUAAAGAUGGCCCAAGUGCUUAAGCUCCUGUCACCCAUGUGGGAGACCUGGAUGGAGUUAGAGACUCCUGCCUUUGGUCUAAUCUAUUUUGAGCUGUUGUGGCCAAUUGGGGAGUGGAGAAGCAGAUGGCAGAACUCUCUCUCUCUCUCUCUGUAAUUGUCUUAAUAAAUAAAUUUUAAAAAUCAUCCAAGAACCAUGUAGAUUUUAUUUCUUUUUUGUCCUAUGAUUUUCAGAUUUUGCAUUCAAAACUGUAGCCUAUGACUUAGUUUGAAUUAAUUUUCAGGAAGGUUUUAAAGCUUGUUUUCUUUUUAUAAAGAUGUAUUUAUUUAUUUGAAAGGCAGAGCUAUAGAGGAGGAAAGACAGAGAGAUUGAUCUUAAAUCCACUGGUUCACUUCCCCAAUGGCCACAAUUGGCAGGGCUGGGCUAGGCCAAAGCCAGGAGCCAGGAGCUUGUUCUAGGUCUCCUACAUGGGUUCAGGGGCCCAAGCACUUGGGACAUCUUCUGCUGCCUUCCCAGGUGCAUUAUCCAGAAUUCAAAAUGCAGUUUGUGUGGGAUGCUGGCACUGUAGGUAGUUGCUUGACCUCCUGAGCCAGAGUACUGACCUCUCCCUAUCAUGUCUCAAGGUUUCUGAGUGCAUCUAUGUAUAUAUUUUGUUACAUUUAUACCUUAGGACUUCAAUUUUUAUGGUGCUAUUGCAAAUUCCAAUUGCACAGUGUCAGGGACCCACCACUAGAGUAAUCUACAGCUUCAGUGAGACCAUGGUGAGCGGGCAUGGUCGCCACUUUAUUGUGUUACUGAGCAAUGGGUAGUGGCCUUUGAGGACCCCAGAUGCCAGCAGAGGGCACAUGACUCCACUCUGCCUGACACUGCCAUGUCUGUUGAAACUCCUUGGCCAUGCUACACCUAGAGCAUCCUUCCCCUGGGGACCCUGAGAGCCUACUUCCCCUGGAAAAACCUUGAGAGUCUCUAACUGCCAGUUCACUCUCCAGAUGGCCAUAACAGCUGGUCAUGGGCUGAUCCAAAGCCAGGAUCCAGGAGCCUCUUUCCCCGGAAGAACCCCUGAGAAUCUCCUUCCCCUGGGGUCUGUGGACUCCACUCACCUCCAGAGUGAUUGAGGCAAGCAGUGUCUCCCACCAACUGCAGUUUCCACACAUCUGAGACACAGAUUCCUUGUCAUCUUUUGCAUUGCAUACUCUGAUGCUCGCAUAUUCUAUAUAAUUUAAGUAGAUUGUCAUUUACUCCUUUUUAAAAAAUAGUUACUUGAAAGGGGAGGGGGAGAGAGAGAGUGAGAGCUUCCACCUUCUAGUUUAUCCCCCAAAUGGCUGCAAUGGUCAGUACUAGGCCCCAUGAAUGCAGGGUCCCAAGUACUUGAGGCAUCUUCCACUGCCUUCCCAGGCACAUUAGCAAGGAGCUGGUUAGGAAGUGGAUCAGCCUGGACUCAAACUUGCACCUGAACGGGAUGCUGGUGUUACAGGUGGUGGCUUUAUCCACUCCACCACAGCCAGCCCCUGAUAUGCACUUUUUUUUUUUUUAAGAGAAAUGACAGAGAGAAUGAGUUCCCACCUGCCAGUUAACUCCAGAAAUUUCUGCAACAGGCCCUAGAUGGUAGGGAGCCAGGAACUCAAUCCAAUGUCUCACGUGGGUACCAGGAACCGAAUAGUUUGAUGCCUUCAGUUGAGGCCAUCCAGGAUCUGCAUUAGCCGGAAGCUGGAGUCAGGAGCCAGAGCCCAGAAUCAAGCCCAGGCACUCAGAUGUGGAACUUGGGCAUCUCAACCACUCGACCAAAUGCCUGCCCCGAGUGCAUACUCUUCACCAGUGUCUGCUCUGUCGGUGCCUGCUCCAUUUCUGCACCCUCUUUGUUCUCUGAACAGGGCCUUUCACAGAAGAAAACUUAAUUUUAUGAAGUCUAUGUUCACACCUUUUCUUUUGUGAGUUGAAUUGUGGUUAGAACUCCCUAACAAAUCUAAGACCACAUAGAUUCUGGUAUACAUUUUUCUAGAAUUUCUGUAUUUCAAUUUUCAGCGUGUGGACUAUUUUUAGUUGAUUUUUGUUUAAGAAUUACACGCUCAUAUUUAUAACAUCCCAUAUAGUUUGCAAAAAAUUCACAAAUAAUUGCUACAUCACAAAUGUCAAACAAGACAUGGGGUAGUGCACCCCUUGUCAGUGCGAAUUUCCUAUGCGGAGGCCUUUGCUGAUCUGAGUACGACCCUGAAUUUGUUCCAUUUCCCAGAAAAGCUAGGAUGGGGCACGCUGAGUGUUAUGCGCGGAGUCAUGGUAGCCACGAGAGGGCACACGAACCCGCUUCUCCUGACCGACUUUAGCCUCAGAGCAUGGGAGACGGGGUUCGCUGACGCAAGACUCCCGCGGGGUCCUGUGGGAUAUGGAGUCUGAGGAGAGACACCGGCGAGGCAUUGUGGGAGAUGAGGUCAUCUGACGUGUGACACCCCCGGGGACCUAUGGGAUAUGGAGUCUGAGGCGAGAGGCCCGUGAGGCAUUGUGGGAGAUGAGGUCCUCUGACGUGCGACACCCCGGGGGACCUAUGGGAUAUGGAAUCUGAGGGGGUCAUCUGGGCCCGCGGGGUCAUCUCAUGUCCGACAACCCCGGGCCUUUCUGGAGAUGGAGCAUGUUGAGGCUUGUUGCUCGCUGGGCUCUGGGAGUUGGAUUCUGAGGUGGGUGCCAGUGCACUGAGAUGGGACACCCACAGGGCUCGGGGAGAUGCGGUUCUCUGCUGUGUGAGCCCUGUGGCCCUCUGGGAGAUGCAGGCUGAGGCGGGACACUUGCAGGGCAUUCUGGGAGAUGAGGUCCUCUGCUGUGUGACACCCCCGUAGCCCGCUGGGAGAUGGAGGCUGAGACGGGACCUUGCUGGGCAUUCUGGGAGAAGCUGGGCAUUCUGGGAGAAGCAGUCCUCUGACGCGCGACGCCGGAGGGACCUCUGGGAGAUGGAGUCUGAGGCGAGCGCCUGCAAGGUGUUCUGGGAGAAGCGGUGCUCCGACGUGAGCAUCCUGCUAGGACCUCUGGGAGAUGGAGUCUGAGGCAGGCGCUCACGGGACCCUGGAAAAUAGUCUGAGAUGGCCGCCCGCGAGGUGUUCUGGGCAACGCCUUUGAGGCUUGUCGCUUGCUGGUCCCUGGAUGAUGGCGUUUGAGGCGUUUGUGGGGCACAGGGAAACAGACUCCAAGGGGGCAUUGAGGGGGGCUCUGGGAGAUGGGGUCCUCAUAGACACGCCCCUUCCGGUCCGCUGUGAGACGGAGUCCUCGGAGGCAGGAUGCCCACGGGGUUCAGAGAGGUCGAGUCUGAGGUGGUCGCCCGCGGGGCAUUGUGGGAGAUGCUGUCCUUGACGCAUGACGCCCACGGGGUCUUCUAGGAGAUGGAGUCCUCUGAGGCUGUCGCUGGCUGGGCUCUGGGAGGAGUCUGAGGCGGUCGCCCGCGGGGCAUUGUGGGUGAUGGGUCCUCUGAGGUGCGACACCCCCCAGGGGCCUCUGGGAGAUGGAGUCCUCUGAGGCUGUCGCUGGCUGGGCUCUGGGAGACGGAAUCUGAGGCGGGCGGCAGCACUAGGCCAGGCCGGAGCCACAACCCUGCCUGGGGGUUUUGGUUCACGCCUGGGGCACUCGCAGUCCCGUGAUGGCGCAGAACCCGCGGGUGUCCUGGGCGGAGCACAUGGCUCGGAAGGUUUCCUGUUCUGCCGUGUGUGAGGCCUGCCCCCUUGGCUGUGUGUGAGAUUAACUCGGCCGAAGGUCAGCUAACUGAGCCGCGGCUGCACGUCAGGGGCGACCUCUCUAAGGCUUUCCUCCGCUAACCCCCCUCUGCAGUCUUGUAGUUUUAAUGUUGCAAGUAAGUAAACAUGCAGGCGUUGGCUUAACUUGCUGCACCACAGUGCCAGUCCCCAAAUAACCUCUUCAUGACGUCACUUUGGGGGGUUGGACUUCAGCAACGAAUUGUGGGGAGACCAAAACAUUCAGGAAAUUUGUUUUUCUGAGUUCUGUGAACGUCAUAGCAAUGAUCAAACCUGAGUAGGGAGCUGUGUGAGCCCUCAGUCUGUGGCCAUCUCAGAGAGGAGCCUCUGUGACCUGGGGAGAGACAGGCUUGUGAUGGGCGUCUGACGUGGGAGAGGCAGUCGUGUGCUGCUGUGCCUUUAACUGACCCCUGGGUGGUGUCCGGAGGCCUGGGGACUCCUGAUGUGGGAAGCUUCCUCCUGCUUUCGGUGUUGGGGGUCCAGUGUAGAGCACAGAGAAGCAACCUCUGUUCUUGCAGACGGGUGACGAGUGCACUGUGGGUGGAGUACCCGGUUCAGUCCCGCAUCGCUCUGCUGUUGGAGGAGUCCUAUUACCGUACGUCUGAACAAAUUUACCUGGUGGCUGCUGUCUGGAAGUAUUUGUCAAAGGAAUGUUUCAAACACACAGAAUGCAGCGUGUAGAUGUUGGAUUGUACAGCGAUGCUUGUUUCACUUCAGGAGAAACACUGAAACUUCUUCCACAGUGGCUGGGCCAUUGUCUCCUGCCAGCAGCAAGGAGACGUCCUGUUGUUCCUCACCCUCCAGCAACUGCUGUUUUGUUCUUGUCUUGUAGUCUAGCAGCUCUAAUAAAAAUUUUCAUUGGUCUGGUGUCCAUUUAUUUGCCCAUUUUUAAUUGAGUUGUUUGUAGUUAUUUUUUAUUUUUAGGACUCUCUGUGUAUUUUGAAUAGACAUUCUGAGAAGACACCUGCACAACCAGCUUUUACUAUGCCCUUAGUAUUCAUUAUAAUAGUGCUAGAAAAUAUUAUUUUAAUGUAACCUAAAGUGUAAACACAUUAGCUUAGUAGGCAACUAGUAGUAAUAGUAAGCAAUGCUAAGUGUCUUUGACUUUAUAUAUGUAUUAUGUUAGAUGUUGAGCUAAGUAAUCCAGUAACUACACUAAGUUGUUUACAUUCCCCCUUCCCUCCACCUGGCCAGAUGUGACCCAACCCUGACCCAGGUCCAGGAAUGUAAAAGGGAGGUAGAAAGGUUGAGAUAACAACCAGCCCCUACCCUGGAGUCAGCGACAGGUGUCUCGGGACUUAUCAGAAGUGUCAACUUGAUCUAUAGCAUUCCCCUAAAGCCUGCUUGUUCAUGAUAAUAAAAACUCUGUGAGAACUGGGCUCGGGGCUUCGGGGGGUUUUUCCUCUCCUGGAGACACUGAGAUGCCCGGGUUCGAACUUGUAAUAAAAAAACGACCCUGCUAAUUGGCUUCAACUUUGGUCUCUGGUGUGAUUUUCAGGGGACCACAGAUUGCGGGCAUAAGAAUUCUUUGCCAGAUGUGUUUUGUGAAUAUUUUAUCCCAGCUUGUCUAUUUGUUCUAUGCACAUAAUGAGUCACAGAUAGAAAAUCUAAUUCUGUGAAGUCCACAAUAGUAAUUUCUUUCUUUCGGUAACUGUCUUUUUGUUAUGUGUGAAAAGUCGUUACCAAAUGCAAGGGCAUGUAGAUUUUCUUCCACUUUCAAUUCUCGAAUGUUUAUAGUUUGCAUUUCAAAUUUGAAUGUAUACACUGAUUUGAGUGACUUUUUGUAUGUGUUCUAAAGUUUGUGUGUACCUUAAUUUCAGUUCAUAUUGUUUCUCAACAGUUACUUGAGCAUUUUAUUAAAGGUGUAGAAUACAGGCUAGUAUCGUGGUAUAGCCUGUAAAGCCAUCAGCUAGGAUACCAGAUCCCCUAUGGGUGUAGGUUUGAGUCCUUGGUGCUCCACUUUUGAUUCAGCUCUCUGGUAAUGGUCUGGUAAAGUAGGAGAAGAUAAUCCAAAUACUUGAGACCCUGCCACCCACAUGGGAGACCAGGGUGAAGCUCAUGGCUCUUGGCUUCAUCUUGGCCCAGCCAUGGCCAUUGCAGCCAUUUGGGGAGUGAACCAGUGGAUAGAAGAAUUUUUUUUUCUUUCUCUGUCUGUCUUUCUCUGUCUCCCUCUUUUUUAACUCUGACUUUCAAAUACAUUGUGGGGCUCCAUGGGAUGGCCAGCCACGAAGCCCCCAUGUCAAGGUCGGUCUGAUAGCUGCUGCUGUGUCUUUAUCACAAGGUGGAUGUUGCUAGUUUCCGUUAGGGCAAUGCUUUCCUACGGUCGGGACUUUCCAGAGGAACUGAGCCUGUCUCGUAAACAACAAGAUGGCGCCAAGGACUAUGCAGUGAGCCUGCCUGCUGCAUGACACCUCAUCUGAUUGGCCUGAGGAUGCAUGCACACUGUGUGAACAAACAGCGGAUUGGAGUGUUCCGUGCAUGGACUUGAGCCCACUUACAAUUGGCCGGAUUUUGUAUAUAAGCUGUGUGCUGAGGAAGGAGGGGGCUUUUUCUGUCCACUCUCCUCCCUGCAUUCUUUCUCUGUCACUGUUAUUUUCUUAUUAAAAGUCUACUGAAGACCGAUAAGCCGCGAGCAGUGUCGUUCCUUUGCGGGCAAGGGAGCGACAAGUGGUUCCGUGACUCGGAUCACUUUGCUAAUCACAGGAAGGUAAGCGUGCAUGUGCACGGAAAUCCAGCUGGGAAAAGAAUAGAAACCGUCGUUCCGUCGAAGAAAGACGGGGAAAUUAAGUGCCUACAAGGCGGGAGUUAAAAACGCCUACAAGGCGGGAGUCAAAGCACCUACAAGGCGGGAGUUAAAAAACGCCAGGAACUAGGCGAAAGUUCUAAAUGCGCAUUUAAAGAAACAAAGCAAGCUGUGACAAAGACUGUAAAAAACUAUGUUGCAGAUGUAGAGAAUAGGGUUAAAGAAACAAACGUAGAGCAGUUUAUCAGUGCUGUUGAAAAAAUUAGUCCUUGGUUUGCUGAAGAGGGUGUUGUGGAUAAGUAACACUGGGAGUAAAAAAUAUAGAUCAGUGUACACUGGACAGCCCUCACCUUGCAUUUAAAUAUUUCAUUUGAAGUAAAUGUUAUCUGUUAUAAAGUUAAUAUUACUAUGUGAAAUGAGGAAUUGUGGUGACAAAGUGUCCGGACUACCCAUUCUGUUUUUGUAGUAUGUACUAACUCUACCCCUAUUAUUGAUAGGAAUGCUUAAACAGAUUAUGCUUGGUUUGCUUUAUAAAAAAAAAAAGUAAAUCAAAAUAUGCUGCAAGUAGUUAAGAUUCCACAAACCUGCAAAAAUGUAACAAUUACAGAUAAUAAGAGGCUAAUUCCCUCAGAUAUGUUUCAAUUUAUCCUUAAAACACAUUGAAUAUUAUUGUGUUUAAUUGCUAAAUGUAUACUUAUAUGAAAAAUUUGUAUUGUAUUCUUAUGAUGUGUUAAUUAUGUCUACCUCUCAAUGCAACCCUAGGACCAAAUGUAAAGACAAAUUUUGGUAUGGAGAGGCUUGUAUCUAGGUUUGGCUCUGAUAAACAAGUAACUUGUCUGCCGGAUGACCUUCUCCUGGGGAGCCUGGCCAGUUCCCGGGGAGGAGGAUAAAGAAAUGUUUCUGAUAAACAGGUGGGCAUGCUUCGUGUCUCGGUUCUCUGGCCAAGAUCCGGGACGGGACACACUGCUUGCCUAAAAUCUUGACAAUAAGCCACCCUUGUCCUUGGGGGAUUUAAGGGGGAGCCAGAGCAAGCCUCUACUACUGCUGUUUCAUCCUGGGGGAAUACGCAGUCAAGCUGAACGUUAAACGUGUCCGUGAUAAUUACUAAUAAUGUGUAAUUCUCAGUAUGAAUUAAAAAUUGCCCAGUGAUGCCCACAGUACUGUAAAGCCUACCAACCAUAAAUACAAUGUGGACAUGGAUUGAUUGGCUACUGUGGCUGAGGUGUUCUGUGACAGUCCAUUUAAUGAGGAAUUAGCAAAAUGGAUUCAUUUAAAAAACAAAACAUUCAGGACCUGCCACUCUGCUGGGUAUGUCAUUACAAAAAUUAACAAGAAGGACUAUGCCUAAUAAAUAAGGGUGCUAUAAAUGUGGACAACAAAAACAUGUACAAAAAAAAUUGUCCAAAAGUUAAAAAUCAAAAUAAGACUCCUGGGAUUUUCCCCCAGUACAAAAGAAAAAGACAUUGGGCCAAUAAAUGUCACUCCAAAACUAAUUAAAAAAAGGUAAUUCAUUAAAGAAAAAAGUUCAAAAAACUAAAAGCGGGGCUGGCCCCAGGCCCCAUCCCAACAAAACCAACAACUUUUUGGGGCCAUAACGUUUGUUCUUCAACAAAACACCCUAAAUCCAUCAAUUUCCUCCAUGGAGCCACAGAGGGUAGUGCAGGACUGGACCUCAGUGCCACCUCCUAUACAGUAUUGACCCCUGAGAUGGGCCCACAAGCCUCCCUACUGGGAUUUUUGGUCCUUUGCCAACUGGGUUUUUGGUCUCCUACUGGGCAGAAGUAGUAAAACUAUAAAAGGGUUACAGGUUUUUCCUGGAGAUAUAAACACUAACUUUACUGGUAAAAUAAAAAUUAUGGCUCAAGCCAAUAAUGUAACUUUAACUCCAGGACAAUACAUUGCUCACUUGAUUCUGUUCCCCU